GUCGAUAGUUCGAUACGACGUUCGUGACAUCCCUAAUACCGAUUGCAAAACCGACAACUCGCUUGUUAAAUUUUCGCAUUGAAAAAAGUGCUUUAAUUAGUAAAAGUGUUUUGAAAAUUGUGCGAAAAUUAAGCAAAAUGAGCAGCUCCGAGGAAGUCUCUUGGGUCACCUGGUUCUGCGGGCUUCGCGGCCAUGAGUUCUUCUGCGAGGUUGAUGAAGACUACAUACAGGACAAGUUCAAUUUAACUGGUUUAAAUGAACAGGUGCCCAACUAUCGCCAGGCCUUGGAUAUGAUCUUGGAUCUGGAGCCCGAGGAUGAGCUGGAGGACAAUCCAUUGCAAUCGGAUAUGACCGAACGGGCAGCUAUAAUGCUUUAUGGACUCAUACAUGCUAGAUAUAUACUUACAAAUCGGGGCAUCGCUCAAAUGAUUGAGAAAUAUCAAACUGGCGAUUUUGGACAUUGCCCACGUGUCUACUGCGAGAGUCAGCCCAUGUUGCCUUUGGGCCUGUCGGAUAUACCCGGCGAGGCAAUGGUGAAAACUUAUUGCCCCAAAUGUAUUGAUGUUUAUACACCAAAAUCAUCGCGUCAUCAUCACACCGAUGGCGCCUAUUUUGGCACUGGAUUUCCACACAUGCUCUUCAUGGUGCAUCCCGAGUAUCGCCCCAAGCGUCCUAUUAAUCAAUUUGUUCCACGUCUGUACGGCUUUAAAAUUCACAGCUUAGCUUAUCAAAUUCAGCUGCAAGCAGCAGCCAAUUUCAAAAUGCCACUACGAGCGAAACGAGAGACAUAGUUUCAACUGAAGAGAGAGCCGAAAGCUACAGACCCUAAAUAAGUGCAGAGGUUUUGAGCGCCACAAGCAAAAAUCAUUUAUAUAAAAUAAAAAAAUAAAAUAAAAAUAAAUUUAAAAAGAAA